AUGGCAACACCACAUGGCCACCAUGGCAACACAUGGCCACCAUGGCAACACAUGGCCACCAUGGCCACCAUGGCAACACCACAUGGCCACCAUGGCAACACCACAUGGCCACCAUGGCAACACCACAUGGCCACCAUGGCAACACCACAUGGCCACCAUGGCAACACCACAUGGCAACACCACAUGGCCACCAUGGCAACACCACAUGGCCACCAUGGCAACACCGCAUGGCCACCAUGGCAACACCACAUGGCCACCAUGGCAACACCACACGACCACCAUGGCAACACCACAUGGCCACCAUGGCAACACCACAUGGCCACCAUGGCAACAACAUAUGGCCACCAAGGCAACACCGCAUGGCCACCAUGGCAACACCGCAUGGCCACCAUGGCAACACCGCAUGGCAACACCACAUGGCAACACCACAUGGCCACCAUGGCAACACCACAUGGCAACACCACAUGGCCACCAUGGCAACACCACAUGGCCACCAAGGCAACACCGCAUGGCCACCAUGGCAACACCACAUGGCCACCAUGGCAACACCACAUGGCCACCAUGGCAACACCACACGACCACCAUGGCAACACCACAUGGCCACCAUGGCAACACCACACGACCACCAUGGCAACACCACAUGGCCACCAUGGCAACACCACAUGGCCACCAUGGCAACACCACAUGGCCACCAUGGCAAACACCACCAUGGCCACCAUGGCAACACCACAUGGCCACCAUGGCAAACACCACACGACCACCAUGGCAACACCACAUGGCCACCAUGGCAACACCACACGACCACCAUGGCAACACCACAUGCCACCAUGGCAACACCACAUGGCCACCAUGGCAACACCACAUGGCCACCAUGGCACACCACAUGGCCACCAUGGCACACACCACACGACCACCAUGGCAACACCACACGACCACCAUGGCAACACCACACGACCACCAUGGCAACACCACAUGACCACCAUGGCAACACCACAUGGCCACCAUGGCAACACCACAUGGCCACCAUGGCAACACCACAUGGCCACCAUGGCAACACCACAUGGCCACCAUGGCAACACCACAUGGCCACCAUGGCAACACCACAUGGCCACCAUGGCAACACCACACGACCACCAUGGCAACACCACACGACCACCAUGGCAACAGACACCUGUGAUCACCAAACAAAUGGUCGCCAUUAUCCAUGGUUUCUGA